AUGAAAAGCAUAUGGAAAUUCAUGUUCCCCGGUUGUUAUAAGGGUGAGUAUCCCUCACCCAAGCCCAAGAAAGUGGUUGCUACAAAGCCAAGUUCUUCUCACAGGAUUUCUGUGACUGAUUUGAGUUAUCCAAGCACGACUUUCUCAGAGGAUCUCUCCAUUUCUCUAGCAGGAUCUAACCUGCAUGUUUUUACACUUGCUGAGCUCAAGAUUAUCACCCAGCAUUUCUCUUCAAGUAAUUUUCUAGGAGAAGGUGGGUUCGGACCAGUGCAUAAGGGGUUCAUUGAUGACAAGCUUAGGCAUGGUCUCAAGGCUCAGCCCGUGGCUGUUAAGCUCUUGGACUUGGAUGGCUCGCAGGGCCAUAAAGAGUGGUUGACUGAAGUUGUUUUUCUGGGGCAACUAAGGCAUCCACACCUUGUGAAGCUGAUAGGAUACUGCUGUGAAGAAGAACACAGGCUUCUGGUGUAUGAAUAUUUACCAAGAGGAAGCCUAGAAAAUCAUUUAUUUAGAAGAUUCUCGGCAUCAUUAGCAUGGUCAACAAGAAUGAAAAUUGCUGUUGGAGCUGCAAAGUGUCUAGCCUUUCUUCAUGAAGCAGAAAAACCAGUCAUCUAUAGAGACUUCAAAGCUUCCAACAUCUUGUUAGAUUCUGAUUACCGUGCAAAACUCUCUGAUUUAGGGUUGGCAAAAGACGGUCCCGAAGGAGAUGACACCCACGUUUCAACACGAGUUAUGGGCACUCACGGCUACGCAGCCCCAGAAUAUGUCAUGACAGGUCACUUGACAGCAAUGAGUGACGUGUAUAGUUUUGGAGUAGUCUUGUUGGAGCUGCUAACAGGAAGAAGGUCAGUGGACAAGAAUCGCCCUCCAAGGGAACAGAACCUAGUGGAAUGGGCAAGGCCAAUGUUAAAUGAUGGUAGGAAAGUUAGCAGAAUAAUGGAUCCAAGACUUGAAGGCCAAUAUUCUGAGAUGGGGUCCAAAAAAGCAGCUGCAUUGGCCUAUCAAUGCCUCAGCCAUAGGCCCAGAAGCAGACCCACAAUGAGCACAGUGGUUAAGACACUAGAACCCCUCCAAGAUUUUGACGACAUUCCAAUUGGAACCUUCGUUUACACAGCUCCACCGGAUAAUGAAGCGCACAGAGAUGCAAAGGAAUUUGAAGCACCUAAGAGGAGGGAAAAUGGUCAUCACAGGAAUGGCCACAGGCAUCACCCACUUAAAUCCCCCAAGUCUCCAAGACCACAAUCACAGCAUGAUCAUAGACACCGAAAUGGAAGAGGAAGUGGAUCAAAUUCUCCUCCAUCAAAUAAAAAAAGGCAUGCAAAUGUAGCUUAA